AUGAACGUCCGCUCCGUCGCCCGCAUAUCGCUACAUGCUCGGCCUGCCGCAGAACCGUUCCUGCCAUCACUCGCGGCGUCAAACACGUCCGUGUCGCAGCUCUCGUUAAUCCAGCGCCGAUGUGUUCACCGCGGCGAUAGAAACAAGAACCGUGGUGUCUCUGCUCUGAGGAGGACCGGCCUCCGCCCGCGACAGACACUUUCCGUCUCGAAAGACCAGCUCCCCGUCCCAGUGCUGAACCCGGAUCGACGGUCUCGGGUGCAUGUCGAUAUAGACCAUGGGCUAUGGCAAUUCUUCAACGGGGAUAGAAAACUCCUCUCAACGCCCGAAGAGGACGCCGGACACGGGCGCGCGUGGACAGUGCAAGAACUACGGCAGAAGUCGUGGGAAGACCUGCACCGUCUCUGGUGGGUCUGCGUGAAGGACCGUAAUCGUCUGGCGACGGAAGGCUUCGAGCGCAAGCGCAUUAACGCAGGCUAUGGCGAGUAUGAGGCAGAGGCGCGAGAUAAAGAGGUCAAGCUUACAAUGCGUGCCAUCAAGCACACGCUGACGGAGCGGUGGUAUGCUUGGGAGAACGCGCGGGAAGUGGCAGCCAGCGACGAGGAGGUCAACUUGUCUGGCAGAGGACCAGCUUACAGCCCUGCUGUUGAGGACGCAUUUGAGAGCGAGAUUGAGGAGGCGGAUGCGGAGAAGGAGACAAAGGAUGCGAAAGGGAACACGGCGAGAAAACAACGGCAAGGCGGAGCUGGAUCUAGAGCGCAGACGGAGGCAUAA